UUGGACAUACCUGCACGAUCUAAAGACCAACUCUGAACUCUUCCCCCGCAAUUUUGCUGUUGCGAACGAGCCACGACGAGAGGGAGAGAGCGAGCGCGAGCGAGACAAGCUGGAGCUGAAGGCUGCAAAAGAUGGCUCAGCAAGCUAUGCAGCCUUAGAGAGGAAAGCUGAACUAUAUGAUAAACUAGCUAGGGGCGAGCUCUCUGAUGAGGAAGACAAAGAGAAAUACUGUGUAGAUUUCUUCCAGAAAAUCAUCACAAAAGUUGAACCGGAGCGGCCUGACGAGAGAAGCCCUGCUGUUGGUCACCCUCAACAUGAUCAAGAUGGUGAGAAUGAUGAUGACAUUCUGCGCGAAAGGCCAUUUGGACCUGGGCGUACAGGCGCCACUUUAGAUUCCGAUGAGCACAAGCGUUUUGUGAGAGAAGUUCAUGAAGAGGCGAGCCAGGCCAGGGAGAAGACCACACUGGUCAAGCUGCGACGGCAGGAGCAAGAGGCAGCUCGAAGAGAGAAACUCAGGCAGGCUUAUCUCAGAAAACAGCUGCAGAAAUUGACUUCUUCAAAUCAGAAAUCUGCAUAAUUUUCUGACUGCAAGUAAUUGGGAUGGGAUUAUGAAAUUGGCGAUUGCUCAACUUGCAUAGAAGCAUUAUAGUCACACCUGGUCUGUAUGUUUUGUGCAUUAUUUUGUUGGUUUGGAGAGUGAUUUUCUUCCUUUGCUUGAAUUGGUUCAUUAUAAAGGAGGAAAUCUAUGGUUCCCUGUAUGGGGGUUGCUGGAAUGUAAAUUAGGAAACCUUUUUCCUCAUUGAAGACAAGAAAAAAUAAUUAUAAAUGGCUAUUCUG